AUGGCCAACGUAGGCAAAGUUUUGGCAACGAUAAAAGCCGUUAUAACGCGAUUAGUUUUUGCCUGCCACGGAAUUAUAGCUAUAUGGCAAGUGACGCUUUUUAAAAAUAAUAUCGAGUAUUGGUACUUAGCCUCGCCGAUUCUGCUCUUGAUCUUCGAAGGAAUAUUCACGUUGACAAUCAAGGAAAAUCAGGAAUGGAAAUGGUUCUGCCCGUCGGUCUUCAUCUACCUCGGCCUGGUAGUUCCUGCUAUUUGGCUGCUAGAACUACACAAAGUGGACAUUCGCCUCGCCAACAAGAAUAAUAAUAUUAACAAUCAAGAGUCUUUAGAGACUGAAAUCCCCAUUCCUGGAGCGACCAAAAUCCCAACAGAUAUGUGGGUUACGCUGAUAGAACAGUUUCUGAUGUUGACCCUCAUUGUGGGAAGGUGGUUACUGCCUAAAGGAGACCUGACCAGGGAUCAGCUCAGCCAACUUCUACUGGUUUAUAUUGGCACAGCUGCCGACAUCAUAGAAUUCUUCGACUCCUUCAAAGACGAGAAGGUUGCCACUGAGAAGGUCCUAGUACUCCUGACCCUGGCCAUCUGGUCGUGGUCCCUGGUACAGUUCACAGUGGUCCUGACCGCUACUAAGUCCAGGAAGUCCAGGGGAGCAGCUAAUAGGUCUGAAAUGAACAGCCGCGCGUGCUGCUGCUCGAUUGAAGUGUGCGCCAUCAUUAUGAACAUAGCGUUACAGGACGCUCCAUUCCUCGCCUUCAGACUGCUGAUCAUAUGUCACUAUAAAAUAGUUAACUACAUGAACAUAUUCUUCACUUGCAAGAACACUUUGGUAAUCCUCCUGCAGAUAUACCGCCUCUACGUGCUACAUUUGGAGACGGUGGACGAAGGGAAUGGCGGGUCUGUUUACAGGAAGAAACACAAGCAUAAGUCCGCUGAGAAAAAAAACAAGGACAAAAAACACAAAAAACACAAAGAUAAAAAGCAGAAGAAGCAUGGUGCUGGCGAGACCUCAAUAUCCAUGAUCAGUGACAGGAGACAUGACAAAGUGGACGGAGGAAGGAUCAGAGCUAUAAUACUGACAAACUCCGACGAAAUACGGGAACUGGAGUUGUCUACAUUAUUCAAGGAUCAGGUUUCAAUGGAAAAUGAAAAGAAGAAGAGCUCAAAGAAAAAGCAAAAAUCGGAGUCCUCCGAGGAAUCCCUGAAUAACAUUCACCACACGACCGACGACUCGGGCAUUUGACAUCAUCGGAUCCGUCGCGAGAGCCCUAAACGAAGCCCUAAACGCAAGGAGAAGCAUGACAGGCACAGAGACAAAAAGAGCAAAAGGAAACGCGACAGCAGCUCGAGCGACUCCAGUUCUAGUUGAAAGGUGUAUGCUACUUGAUUUAUUUGCCUGGAAAACGUGUUACGGAAGAAAUAAAAUGUCAGUUACAGUGGCAGUAUGCGGUGUUGUUCCUUUGCCACGAAUUGGAGGCAAAGUUUGACUUUGCUUGUUGAGUUUUGAAUUUGGAAGUAGGUAUUGAUAUUCGAAUUAGAAUGUAAUUUGAAUAUUUUGAAGUGAUUCAGUUGAGGCGAUGCGUUUUUUAUUAGAGUCAGUUUGUAGUUAGCUGUCGACGAGGUCGACAA